AUGGCUUGGAAUUAUGCUAUGCAAUGGCUAGUGGUGUUGCCCUUGGAAUUGGUUGCUGCAGCAAUGACGAUAAAAUACUGGGAUGCCAAAACAAACCUGGCGGCGUUCGUGGUUAUUUUCUAUGUUUUGAUUGUUGCGAUUAACUUUUUCGGUGUUCGUGGUUACGGUGAAGCUGAAUUUAUAUUUAGUGCCGUUAAAGUUUUGGCUGUCUUGGGUUUCAUCAUUUUGGGUAUUGUAUUGUGUGCUGGUGGCGGUCCAAAAGGUGGUUACAUUGGAGGUAAAAAUUGGCAUAUUGAAGGCGCUCCAUUCCCUAAUGGUGCUAAGGGUGUGAUAACGGUGUUUGUGAAUGCCGCCUUUGCCUUUGCCGGAACUGAAUUGUGUGGAUUGGCUGCUGCUGAAACUGAAAACCCAAGAAAAUCAUUACCAAAAGCUUGUAAGCAAGUAUUCUGGAGAAUCACUUUGUUCUAUGUCAUCUGUUUGACUUUAGUUGGAUUAUUGGUCCCAUGGAACGAUGAAAGAUUAUUGGGUAGUUCUUCUGCUGAUGCUUCUGCUUCUCCAUUUGUCAUUUCAAUUAGAAAUGCUGGUAUCAAAGGUUUACCAUCAGUUAUGAAUGUUGUUAUUAUGAUUGCUGUUUUGUCUGUUGGUAACUCCUCUGUAUAUGGUUCCUCAAGAACUUUAGCUGCUUUGGCUGCCUCCAACCAAGCUCCAAAAAUAUUUGGCUACAUUGAUAAACAAGGUAGACCAUUAGUUGGUAUUAUUGUUCAAUUAAUUGUUGGUUUAUUAUGUUUCCUUGCUGCAUCAGAUAAACAAGGUGAAGUUUUCAAUUGGUUGUUGGCUCUAUCUGGUUUGUCUUCCAUUUUCACCUGGGGGUCAAUUAAUGUUUGUUUGAUCAGAUUCAGAAGAGCAUUGGCUGCUCAAGGAAGAGACACUGGUGAAUUAGUUUUCACUUCUCAAGUCGGUGUUGUUGGUGCUAUUUGGGGUGCUUUCUUGAACACUGUUGUUCUUUGUUUACAAUUCUGGAUUGCUGUGUGGCCAUUGCAUUCUAAACCAAGUGCUGAAGCUUUCUUCAGCGCUUACUUGACUGUUCCUGUUGUUAUUGUUUUCUACGUUGGUCAUAAACUCUGGACUAGAAAUUGGAAACUUUACAUCCGUGCCAAGGAUAUUGAUAUUGACACAGGUAGAAGAGAAUUGGACUUGGACUUGGUCAAACAAGAAGUUGCUGAAGAAAAGGCUUACAUUGCUUCUUUGCCAUUCUACAAAAGAAUCUACAAUGCUUGGUGUUAA